UUCUUUUCUCUAUUUUUAUUUUGUUUUUUUUUCUUCUUUUCGUCAGCUGGAUCCGUCAGGACCCAUUUUUGUACAGUUUUUUUUGCGCAUCCUCCUUCUUUUUUCGUUUUUUGUUGCUCUUUUUUUCUUUUCAAAGAGCUGCUAGAUACCAUGUCUCUUCCUUUCCGUCACCCACCAUUCGUUUCACAUUAUUCAUCAGAUAACAAUAAACAGCCCACUUUUUUACGAUCAAGGAAACAUGCCAUCUCAGCCAACAUCGAUCCUCUACUGGCUCGCGCACCCCCUUUGGGCAACUACAGUAUCAACUAUGAUAACUUGACCAUACGCAUACCCAAUUACGUAUUUGAAAACCCCACCAUUUUACCCGGCACAUGCGCCUCCAUGGGCUUGGCCCUAGGUAGAAGACUCGUCGACAACUUACCUGUCGUCGUUAAGCUUUCGCCCUAUUCGAUCCGUUUGGAAAGAGAGUAUUAUGUAGCACGUCGACUUUACGCUCAACCGGACGGACCAAAUUAUAUUCCCAAAGUUAUUGAACUUGUCUCACUGGUGAAAGACGGAUUAACAGCCUUGAUCUAUGAAGAUCAGGGCCCAUGCAACGCCAUUGUGCCUUCAUUACUCGGCUUGGAUCCAUACAAUACCGACAGUACCGCCUAUCGACCUCCAACCGUCGACGAAUUUCUCGAAUUUGCAAUAGAAUGCUGCUCCUGUCUUCAUUUCGCUCAUGCCAAUGGUGUCGUGCAUGCCGAAUUGCGUCCUGUUGCAUUCCAAUGGCGAAAAGAACUGCAAUCAGUGAAAAUCUGGAAUUUUGGCGCAGGCCUGAAAUCAUAUGAGGAAUUACUGCUCAGCAGUUGGCGGCGAGCUUUUAAGGAUGCCAAGGUUGUCGGAUGUGAAGAUCAAGAACAACAACAACUCUUGCUGUCAAAAUCUCUGGAAAAUUCGCUAUCCUACAUUAGUCCUGAGCAGACAGGCCGAACAUCCAACGUUUUGGAUCAUCGGACGGAUUUAUACUCGCUUGGUGUCAUGUUCUUUGUAAUGUUGACGGGACGAACCCCUUUCGAAGGCUCGGCAAUGGAUAUCAUUCAUGCGGCGUUAUCAUGCAACGUCCCCAUCAUUCAUUCGAUACGAAAAGACAUUCCUCCAAUGAUAAGUUUAAUCGUUGAUAAACUGACACGAAAGGCUGUGGAAGAACGAUAUGUAAGCGUAUUUGGCUUACGAGAGGAUCUUCUCGAGUGCCAGCGAAGAUUGAAGGAUAUGGACACUCCAGAAUCAUCCUCGUUUUUCCCUUUAGGAUUGCAUGAUAUUCACUCUGUAUUUCAGUUUCCUCAGACGCUUUUCGGAAGAGAUCGUGAAAUUGAAUUGUUUCGGACGGUGAUGAAACGCGUCAGCACCGCUCAUGAACAGAACAUGAAUUUGCAGCGUCUGUCAACCUCCUCGAUGGGGGAUGACAGGGAACACCUGUUGAAAGAAAGUACUGCCCCUUCUGGCCAUUUGGAUACAAACACAGGCUGCCAAGUCGUCGUAGUAACUGGACCAGCCGGCGUAGGCAAAUCCUCCGUUAUAUCUACGAUCCAUGCCCAGGCACGGAAACACGGAUUCAUGGCUAUUUCAAAAUUCGAUUCCAAUCAGAAGCGACCUUACAAUGGUCUACUACGCAGCCUAUCAUCCAUUCUUCGCCAAAUGUUAACCGAAUCCGAACCGGUCAUCCGUAACUUUUAUCGAAACCUUAAAGAAGAACUAGGGCCUCAGUUUAGCAAUGUGCGACUGAUGCUGGACAUGGUGCCUGAGCUAAAACCGAUCCUCAGCGAUUACGAUGAAACCGCAGAGAAAACCGACAACGACGUGUUAACGAGUAUCGACAAUAUGGAAUCACGCUUUCAUGCUGUGUUUCUUAACGUUAUUCGCACCAUUGCUCAAAAAAAAUUGAUUACACUGUGCUUGGAUGAUUUGCAAGAAGCUGAUGAGCCUUCUCUUCAUUUGAUCACAAGUCUUAUUCAGUCGAACGUUACCAUGUUGAUCAUUCUCACUUCUCGCGACGGAGAGGAAAUGCCGGAUAUGGUCAAACAUAUCAAAGAUUUCACCGGUCCUGCUCAAAUAAUGCAUAUCCCGCUGACUCCUUUAAGCGUAGAUGCAGUGAACCAUUUUAUUAGCGAAACGCUUCAUCGCAAUAGCGAGGAGAUUCAGUCUUUAGUAGACGUCAUUUUCCAGCGCACGCGAGGCAACCCGUUCUUUAUCAAACAGCUGCUGAUGAUGAUGAAGCGAAAGGAUGAGAUUUGGCUGGAUUGGCGAGAAAAGCAGUGGAAAUUUCGUCUCGAGGGGUCCCAUACCAGUUACCCGCUUCGAGGAUGGUAUUUCACUGCAACAGAGGAAGGGACAUUUGACGUCAGAAAUCUUGUGGGUCAUCUCCGCGAAUUGGACCCCAAUGCUCAAGUAUUCCUCAUGUGGGCCAGUCUGAUCGGCAACUAUUUUACGUUUCGCCAAGUCAAGUGGUUAAUGAUGGCUAUUGAUUUCUCGGGAACCGCAGACGAUGAUCACAGUAACGAUCAGCACAGCGAUAUCAGUGAUGCAUACAGCAUCAAUGAUCCAAUCCACUGCAUUCAGGAAGAUGACGAGAGUCUGAUUAUACCUACGGAUUAUCGUCAACCAGGCAUGGAUACAAGCGGGCAAAACAUCUCCGGCUUAUCAGCAGAAGAAGAAAUGCGGCGUUCCAAUCAAGCCAUUACGGGGCUACAGGUGGCCUUGCAAGAAGCUAUUAUUGUAUCUAAAACCGCCAACGAUUUCCAUUUCGGUCAUGAUCGUUAUCUUCAAGCGGCAUCGAUGCUGAUCGAGGAAAAAGAUCGGGAAAGGAUGCAUUUAAAAAUUGGGCAAAUGCUGAUGUUGGAUCCUGAAGCGGAUAUUUUUCUUACCGCAGAUCAUUUCAUCAAAAGUCUCGAUCUUAUCAAACGAUUUAAACACCGUACAAAGUAUCGUCAGGUACUCAUCAAGGCCGGCACUCAGGCAUCCUGUUCUGGCGCUCUUCAGAUAUCCAAGACAUACUAUGCCAAUGCGAUGCUCUUACUGACGCAUUCUCCGUGGGAGGACGGUCCUGACUCGAGCUUUCAAGAAACUUUGGACUUGUACAUGAAACUGACGUACGCUUAUUGGUGGUAUAACCGUCAUACGGAAGCCACUCGUUUACUGGAAGAAAUCAUGCUUCGUACCGCGGACCGACCCAUUGAACGUGCCCAAGCUUGGCGAAUUCAGGCCCGCAUGUAUUUUCAGCAACAACAAAACGAUAAAGGUCUGGAGACUAUUAUGACAGCCUUGGUCGAGUUGGGUGUCGCAGGCUUGGACCCAUCGAUGAUAGACAGUAUCGACGAUACCUGUGUCGUAAAGGAAUAUCAGCAACUCAAAGCACAGAUUCUGGAAGUUGGAUUUGAUGCGUUGGCCAAAACAGAACGCUGCGAAGACCGUCGGAUCCUCGUUGUCAUGUCACUUCUUAAUGAAGCCUGCUCCGGUGCUUAUUGGAUGCGACCUUACCUGGUCGAUGCUAUUGCUGUAAAGUUGAUCCAGUUAUCGUUGCAGUAUGGGUUCGGCGCGGCGACGGGAGGUGGUUUUGUUUGGCUUGGAUGCACCGCUUCACGCUUGGGCGAGUACUCUUUUGGUGCGCAAUUAGGAAAUUUCGGUUUGAACAUCAACGAUCAACAUGCAGGCAAUUCCGAAAUUGCACGUUCCAUCAUUAUAUACCAUGUCGCUUUGGCCCAAUGGACUGGAUGCCAUUAUCGGGAUUACAUCUAUCAAUAUCAGCGUGCUUACAAGUUUGCCAUCGCUGGCGGCGAUAAGCUCUUUGCAGCGAUGGCUCUGUUCCAAGUCGCCUCUACGCUUUAUUUUACCGGAUUCAAUUUAUCAGAGAUCCAUACGCAUUUGAAAAAGAGCAUGGAUGAAUGCAAACAAUCAGGGUCCCAAGACGUGGAAAUCCUCAAUACAAGUUUGUCACGCUGUAUCCUUGCACUUCAGGGCAGAACUGUGAUCGAAAGGACCACCCUCAUAGAUGAUAUCAUGGAUGCCAAAGAUCCAUUUCAAGAAUCAAAAUUUCUGGAAACGAUCUAUCGGCGAAACAUUCAUCCUGACAACCCUUUGCAUUGCCAUUGGAGCCUUAAAAUCAUGCUCUUUUUCCAGUACGGGUAUCGACAAGAAGCUGUUGAUCUUGGAUUCAAAUUGUUCGAAACCUCUAUACCGCACCCAGGACAUCGACAUUACGGAAUUGCACUGUAUUAUCAUUCACUGGCAAUGAUUGCGUGCCUUCGCCAAGAUGCACUGGACAGAUCGGUGAAGGAGAAAUAUGAGAACCAAUUGUCUUGUAACCAACGAAUUCUUGGCGAGUGGUCAGAAAACUCGGAAGUUAACUAUAGAAUGUAUCACAUGUUGGUGGAAGCUGAGCUGUCGACGCUCGAGAAUAAUAUGGCGCGUACCAGUCGUCUAUACAACGAAGUUAUUGAAACCGCCCUCGAGGGAAACUGGUUCGCAUUUCUAGGGCUUGCUUACGAGUUGGCAGCGGAGUACUACAUUCGAGCCAAAGUGAAAAUGCUGGCCCUUCCGCUGUUAUUACGAUCCAUUGAAUUCUACAAUCGAUGGGGCGCUUGGGGCAAAUCGCAGUACCUUAAUAAGCGGCAUAGCGAUCUUUUGGGAAUCCAUGCAACCAUGACACAAAAAGUAGAGACUGAAACGCAAACUGAAGAACACAACGCUAUCACUCUAGCGGGCACGCUAGGAGAAGAUGAUGAUUAUUUGCGCGAACCACCUUUACGCGAAAUGACGCCGGACGAAGCUGCUCAGAAUCUGGCGGAAUCAGAAAAUACUUUAUUUGCUCUGGAUAUUGUAGAUCUCACAUCGAUUAUCAAGAGUUCACAAGUGAUAUCGAACGAAAUGAAUUCUUUUGACGAUCUCUUGAAAAAGAUGAUGAUUAUCAUUAUGACGAACGCCGGAGCCGAAGCGGGAUCCAUUGUGAUAAAGGACGGCGCUUUUGGGAUCGCAGCUCAUUCUGGACGCUUGGGCGUUUGCGAAACGUUUGAAACGCCCAUUCCUCUCAACGAUUCUCAAGGCUUAAUUUCCACCCUUGUUGUACAGUAUGUUAUUCACACUGGAACCAUGCUCUUUAUCCCCAAUAUCCAGCAAGAUACGCGGUUCGCAACAGGGAAAUGGUUUGAAAAACAUGGCGCCAAGUCUGUCAUUUGUCUUCCCAUCAUGCACAAAAACUCACUCGUAGGGGUGCUGUACCUGCAAGGCAGCCUCAAUACGUUUACUCCCAAGCAUGCCACCGUCCUGUCCCUUUUGUGCGAUCAGAUUGGCAUAUCCAUCACCAAUGCUUUGCUUUUUAAAUCCGUACAAAAAGCCACAUUGAUCAAUGCGCGAAUGGUUGAAAGCCAGCUUGAAGCCCUGGAAGAGGCCCGGCAAAGCCGUGAACAGGCGCUGAAAGCAACACAACUAAAGUCCAAUUUUCUAGCCAACAUGUCGCAUGAACUUCGAACACCGUUUUCCGGGUUUUACGGCAUGAUUUCAUUGCUAAGCGAAACCCAAUUGGAUGCGGAGCAACGGGAAUUUGUCAUGAUUGCCAAACAAAGCUGCGAAAUGUUACUUCAUAUUAUUGAUGAUCUGUUGGAUUUUUCAAAGCUUGAAGCGAGAAAGGUGAAACUACACCAUGGUCUCGUGCACCUGGACGAUCUAUUAGUGGAUCGUAUGGAGCUACUGAUUACUCUCGCGUCCAACAAAAAUCUUGAACUAGCUUAUUUCAUCGAUUCUGCUGUACCCUGCCUCAUUUACGGCGAUGGCAACCGUAUUGGGCAGAUAUUAAUGAACCUCAUUGGAAACGCAAUCAAAUUUACUCAUGUGGGCGAGAUCCUGAUUACGAUUUCUCUGGAAGACAAGAUACCGGAUAGCGACCCACCUUUGGCCGAUGACGAAGUCAUGCUCAGGUUCUCUGUGCAGGAUAGUGGUAUUGGCCUGACGCAGGAAGAAACAAAGUGCCUGUUCUUACCCUUUAGUCAAGUGGAUGGUUCUACUACAAGAAAUUUUGGUGGCACUGGUCUUGGCUUAUCUAUUUGUCUCGAACUUGUGCGACUCAUGGGAGGAACAAUAUGGGUGGAAUCUACUGAAAAUGUCGGAUCGACAUUCCAUUUCAACAUCCGAACCCGAAGAGCAACACAGAAAAUAGAUGCAAAUCAUGCAACAGAAUCACCAGAAAUGGUAAUCCAGCAAUUAACGGAACAGCUGGGGCCUCGUCAACUGCUAUGCGUAGCUUCCCGAUAUUGUAGUAUGCUGAAGAAUUUUCUGCCGAAUUGCACGAUUGAUUGCAAGGAUUCUAUGAAGCAAGUUUUGCAAAGGUUGGACAGUCUAUCUUCAUCGGAUGCGCGGUUGUACGAUAUUGUCGUAUUUGAAACCACCCUUGGCAAUGACAUUGAAAGCUUUUUGGAAAGCAUCGACAACAAUGCUUCUUUAAAGGCUUUAAAAGUCUUGAUCCUCUAUACCCCUACUGUGGACAAUAUCCGACAACAAGUGUUCCACGGCAUCCAUAACUCCCGCAUCAUACGCCUAUCGAAGCCUUUGCGAAGAUUAAAAUUACUUAAUGCGCUAGCGGAAGCCUUCAAAAGCACCGAGGUACCUCUUACUUGUCCAAGCCAAAGCCAAAUCAAGACAACAACAACGAGUCCUGCAACUAAUGAACCUGGAAGAGAAAGCAACUCGAUUUGUGUCAAAUCCUCCCGAUCUACGACGCAACCAUCGCUAUUCACUACGACUGAGCUUGCCGCUUUUCGAAACAGGCACAUAUUGGUAGCUGAGGACAAUCCGGUGGCGCAAAAGCUUCUCGUCAAACAAUUGGCCAAGCUUGGAUUUCUCGUAGAAACCUGCGACAACGGCAAUGAAUGCGUGGAUACAUGGCGGAAGAGAGGUCCCGGAUACUUCAUGCUUGCAUGGAUUGACCAUCAUAUGCCUGGAUGUGACGGUUUGGAGGCCACAAAAAGAAUCCGGUCUCUCGAACGGGAAAUGCAAGUCAAGCAGUCAUUACCUAUUAUUGCAUUGACAGCGGACAUUCAGCAGACGGCACAGUGGAACUGUUUACAAGCGGGAAUGAAUGACUAUGUUACCAAACCACUGAUGCAAAAAGAUUUAGCCAACGUUCUUCGGCGAUAUUGUUUAUAGGCGAUUUCCUCCAAAAAAAAAAUACAUGAGUAAAUAGAUAGAUACGUACAUACAUACAUUUUUGCAAUAAUUGAAAAGUACAGAUUGAUUUGGAAGUGUAUAUGAAGGCUUAUCACGUAAGUAGAUGGACCAGGGCAGUUGGGGUAGUGAUGAAAUGAUAAUGGUAAUCAUAGAU